UUCUGGGCUCUGUGUUGGAUGGAACUGGUCUGGGAAUCAUUAAAGGAACCCGAGGGGAUUGAGAGUUAAAGGCUGAAAACCCAGGCAGAGGCAACAAGCUGCAAAAGUUGGACUCAGGCCCCCCACCAGAGAGGUUCCGGCGUGAUGGGUCGGGGGACCCCGGGGCUGGUCCUGGCCAUUGGGGGGCUGCUGCUGGUGCUGGCCGUGGUGGCCAAGCCCCCACCGGGGACCCCGAGGAAGAAGUCAUCCGUGUUCGCCGACCUGAGCGCGGAGGAACUGCGGGUCGUGCGGGACUUCCUGUGGGCCAAGAAGGAGCUGAAGCUGGUCCCCUCCAAAACGCAGGCCGUGGCCAAGAACUCCGUGUUCCUCAUCGAGUUGCGGCUCCCCAAGAAGCGUCGCGUGCUCAGCUUCCUGAGAGGAGCAACGCGGCCAAAACGCGAGGCGCGGGCCAUCGUGUUCUUCGGGGACCAGGAGCGGCCCAACAUCACCGAGUUUGCGGUGGGACCCCUACCCCGGCCGACCUACCUGAGGGUCCUUCCCCCCCGGCCUGACCACACUCUGUCCUGGGCCUCCCGUCCCCUCACGUUCUCGGAGUACGCCCUCCUGCACGGCCUCCUAAAGGCCGCCACCGAGCCCCUCUACCGCUUCCUCUACGACACCACCGGCUUCUGGUUCCACAACUGCACGGACCGCUGCCUGACCACGUCCGACGUCUCACCAAGGGGGGUGGCCUCCGGUCAGCGGCGCACCUGGUUCAUUGUCCAGCGCUUCGUCGAGGGCUACUUCCUGCACCCCACUGGGCUGGAGCUCCUGGUGGAUCACGGAAGCUCAAACCCUGGGGACUGGUGUGUCGAGCGGGUGUGGUACAAUGGGCAGUUCUAUGGCAGCCCCGAAGAGCUGGCCCGGAAAUACGCUGCUGGGGAGGUGGACGUGGUGAAGCUGGAGGACCUGCCCCUCGACGCCGAGGGGGGCACCGAGGAGUGGCCCCUUUUCUCCUCCUACCGACCCCGCGGCUCCUUCCCCACCCCCACCCAUGUGACGGGCCCCCGGCUGGCCGAGCCCCAGGGCCACCGCUACCGGGUGGAGGGCAACGCCGUGCUCUACGGGGGCUGGAGCUUCGCCUUCCGUCUGCGCUCAUCCACCGGCCUGCAGCUGCUGGACCUGCGCUUCGGCGGCGAGCGUGUGGCCUACGAGGUGAGCGUGCAGGAAGCGGUGGCCCUGUAUGGUGGGCACACACCCGCGGGCAUGAUGACCAAGUACAUGGACGUGGGCUGGGGUCUGGGCACCGUGACUCACGAGCUGGCCCCUGGCAUCGACUGCCCCGAGACGGCCACCUUCCUGGACGCCCACCACUACUACGACGCCGACGCCCCCGUCCUCUACCGGCGCGCCCUCUGCAUCUUCGAGGCACCUGCCGGGGUGCCCCUGAGGCGCCACUUCGACUCCAACUUCAGUGGGGGCUACAACUUCUACGCGGGGCUGGAGGGCCAGGCCCUGGUGGUCCGCACGACUUCCACCGUCUACAACUAUGACUACAUCUGGGACUUCGUCUUCCACCACAACGGGGUGAUGGAGGCCAAGAUGCACGCCACCGGUUACGUCCAUGCCACCUUCUUCAUGCCAGAUGGGCUGCGCUAUGGCACUCGCCUCCAUACCCACCUUCUGGGCAACAUGCACACUCACCUGGUGCACUACCGCGUCGACCUGGACGUGGCAGGCACAGCGAACAGCUUUGAGACGCUGGGGAUGAAGCUGGAAAACAUCUCCAACCCCUGGAGCCCGGGCCAUCGCACAGUACAGCCCUCGCUGAAACGGACCCAUCCCGAGCGAGAGCGCCAGGCCUCCUUCCGCUUUGGCCAGGCGCUGCCCAAGUUCCUCCUCUUCACCAGCCCAGAGAAAAACCGCUGGGGCCACCACCGCAGCUAUCGCCUGCAGCUCAACUCCAUGGCUAACCAGGUGUUGGCCCCUGGCUGGCAGGAGGAGCGCGGGGUCACCUGGGCCAGGUACCCAUUUGCAGUGACCAAGUACCGGGAGUCGGAACUGCAGAGCAGCAGCAUCUACAAUCAGAACGACCCCUGGAAUCCCCCCGUCGUCUUUGAGGAAUUUCUGCUCAAUAACGAGAACAUCAAGAAUCAGGACCUGGUGGCCUGGGUAACAGUGGGCUUCCUGCACAUCCCCCACUCCGAGGACGUCCCCAACACGGCCACGCCGGGCAACUCUGUGGGCUUCCUGCUCCGCCCCUUCAACUUCUUCCCCGAGGACCCCUCCUUGGCAUCCCGAGAUACCGUGAUCGUGAGGCCCCGGCCUGGCGGCCCUCCCUUUGUCCAGCGCUGGACCCCGGAUGGAGUCGGGGCCUGUGGGACGGCCCCUCUGUUCAGUUAUGAUGGCAACUACCACCCGGUGUGACAGUCCCCCCAGCUUCUCCACCUGGCCCAGGAGGGUCCCGGAAAUAAAACCCAUCAGCAUCUGGC